AAAUAAUUUGAGCACACAAGUGUCAGUCUAUUGAUCAAGUGACGUUGUCUCUGCCAGCAAGGAAAUGACCACUGACUUGAACGACCACGACACCCUCAUCAUCCUCGCUAAAUGGGCCGAAUCUGCUGAACGUUACGAUGACAUGGCUGAUUACAUGAAGAAGGUCACAGAAGCCAGCACCGAGCUGAGUCAGGAAGUAAGAAACCUGCUCUCUGUAGCUUACAAGAACGUUGUCGGUGCCCGACGAUCUUCUUGGAGGGUCCUCUCUUCACUGGAGACCAAGGUGAUGAACGACGAGAAGAAGGUAGGAUUAGCUCGGGACUACAAGAAGAGGGUGGAAGAUGAACUGACUGCCCUGUGCGAGACCGUACUGGGUCUGCUCAACGAAUAUCUUAUUCCGAAUGCCAGCGAACACGAGAGCAAGGUGUUCUACAUGAAGAUGAAGGGAGAUUAUUACCGGUACCUGGCAGAGGUAGCUAACGCCGAGAAGAAGGACGAGGUUGUACAACAGUCCCACAAGUCCUAUGAUGAGGCUACUGACGUUGCACAAAACCUGGAGCCCACCCACCCUGUCCGACUGGGACUUGCACUUAACUACUCCGUCUUCCACUACGAAAUUGAAGGUUGUCCUGAGAAAGCUUGCAAACUCGCUAAGGAAUCCUUCGAUAAGGCUGUAGCAGAGUUGGAUAACCUUGACCAGGAGAGUUACAAAGAUAGCACAUUAAUAAUGCAGCUUCUCCGAGACAAUCUCACUUUGUGGAUGAGUGAACAAGAAGACGUUGAGGAUAACGCAGGGGACAAAGACUAAAGUUAGCGCGCAAGACUGGGACUCGCGUGCAAUGCGCAACACAGCGCUCCGUAGUGCGCUCCAUAGUGCUGCUGACAUGUCUUGACAAAUCUGUGUGCUACCUUGAUCCGUAUAUAAUAUUAUAUGUGUAACAACAUAAAUCAUAAUAUAGGUCUCUCGGUUACCUUUGGGGUUGAUUUAUGUCAUAUGAACAAUAUAUGAUGUAUGCUUAUUUUAUAGUAUUAUAAAGGCGUUUAAAACGACUCAUCUAGAUGUUAUAUACAGUCCUUACUUGUUUCAUUUUAGGAGUUUUUGGAUGGUUGGUUCGAUGUCAUGACGCUUUAAUUGAUCAAUUUGCUGGCCACUAAUUGCAAUAUUAGCGUUCAAGUUAAAAACAUUUUCUAUAUUAAUUAUACCCCUUUCCUUAUUGAAAAGUGAUUAAAAUUUCCUUUAAUUUUUUAUGACGUUCGGAAGUCACUAGAUGACGAUUGAUGAUUUAUCCUAAGUUAUAGUGCUUUUCUAAAUUUUCUAAGUUAACCUGGGACCAAUACGGGAUCCUCGCCUCAUUUUUAGAGAUUUGUUUUAUGAAAAUUUUAAUUUCUUUUAAGAUACCCGAUGCUUUCAUUUCUUUAGUCAUUGCCAUUUGACAUGCGCCUAUAUAGAAUCGGUACAAAAAUUUGGGUUUUUUCCAAAUUUUCUUUGGUCAUUAACUUUGUGGUGUUACAUGAAUGAUAAUUAGGAAAACUUUUGUGAUAUAUAUCAAAUGAUUGAUUAUUAACAUUUGUUUCCAACUUAA